AUGUACACACCACCAUAUUUCUGUAAGCAUAAUUUAUAGUUGAAAGAAAGAAUGAUGAUCAGACUUGUCCCUAGACCUUCAAUGAUUUCUUGUUUCAUCACCAGAACUCGCUCCUUCUCACGUCUUACCCAAAACCUGCUCCCCGGAGAAGGUAAAUUCAGCAACACUUUUGGGAUCCGUUUAACUGUACGAUCCAUAUCAGUUUCAGCAACUUCUUCCCCUCCAUCGCCUGUAUUGUCAGAGAAACAGGUGGACCAAGUCGAUAAUGUGUUAGCUGCUAAAGAAGAUGAACAUGGAGGUGUUAUUGUGGAAAUGUCUACAGACCCCAUGGAUCCAAUUAUGUUUACUUCUUUACUUAAAGCUUCAAUAUUGCAUUGGAAACAACAGGGUAAAAGGGGUGUUUGGAUCAAAUUGCCAAUUGAGCUUGUAAAUCUCAUCGAACCUGUGGUUAAAGAAGGCUUCUAUUAUCACCAUGCCGAACCAAGACACUUGAUGCUUGUGCAUUGGAUUCCUGAAACGACAAAUACUUUGCCAGCAAAUGCAAGCCAUCGAGUGGGUAUUGGUGCUUUUGUGAUGAAUGAAAAUGGAGAGGUUUUGGUGGUGCAAGAGAAGAGUGGAAAAUUCCAAGGAACCGGCAUAUGGAAGUUUCCUACUGGAGUUGUUGAUGAGGGUGAAGAUAUUUGUAAUGCGGCGGUUAGAGAAGUAAAAGAAGAGACUGGAAUAGACACCAAAUUUGUGGAAGUAUUAGCAUUCAGACAAAGCCACAAGUCUUUCUUUGACAAGUCAGAUUUGUUCUUCAUGUGCAUGUUGCAACCUUUGUCCUUCAACAUCCAGAAGCAAGAAAGAGAAAUAGAGGCAGCCCAGUGGAUGUCGUUCGAGGAAUAUGCAGGUCAGCCAUUUGUACAAAAGCAUGAUCUUCUGAGGUAUAUAGUGAAGGUAUGCAUAGCAAAGAGAAAUGAAAAGUAUAGUGGGUUCUCCCCUGUGCCUACAAUCACAAGUUUCUCUAAUAAACCAAGCAAUCUUUACUUGAACUCCAAGGAUUUGGAUUACUAGGUUAACUGUAUUUCUUUCACAGUAACUUGAGAUAUUCGAUCAAUAUUCUUUUCCUUUCCAUCA